GACACAGACGGAGUGUCACGUCUCUCACACACACAUGCUCAACGCAACAGAGUGCUUGAAACUGUGGGAGAACAUGCUAAAAAGCGCCCUCAGCAUUCGAGCCGUCCUGGAUACCUGACGUGCGCCGGCUGGAUUCACUCGGCCUUCUGAAAGACACAUCACAUGAUCUGCCAGAUUUCGUGAUUCGACCCAUCAGAGACGUCAAGCUCAAACUCAGUGUUGAACUGGGAUUUACGCACGUUUGAUGUAUGGAUUAUCUUUGCCUUUGAAGAACAUGGCAACUCUUGUAACGUCGGAGGAUCAUUUGCAAAGCUGCAUGAAACCAUGAACGGACACGGAUCAAGGUAAACCAUUCCAGUGAGAUAGCCAUAUUGAGAUUUGGUCACUGUGUUGAAUUGGCCACCUAGGCAUUAUUUUGCACAAUACUGAUUUACCUUAAGUUUUUUUUUAAAUAAAUAAAUCAUCAACGAAGACCCAAUGAGACAAGCCGAAUCCGUCGAAUCGCUCAUAAGACACGCCCCCCUGCUCCGCCUUAAUGCCCUCGACUUCUCCGACCUAUGGGAUGACGAGGAUCUUGAGCUGGACAGCAUUGAUGAAGACAAUCAGAUUGCAGCGUCCUCCGUGCCUCCGCCCCCUCCCCCUUUGGCCCCGCCUCCUCCCCCCUCGGCUCCUCCUCUUCCUGUAUCCAGUGGGUCGCCGGGUCCGUCAGGCGCUCGUACGCUGAGGCUCCACUGGAGGGCACUGGCGAGUCUGCAGCCGGUGCCGAGGGUGGGCCGCUUCGGGCCCCAGUCCAUCUGGGCCGGUCUGGAACCGGUUCAUCUCGACACCAAUCGACUGGAAUACCUGUUUGAGAGCAAAAGCAGCAGCAACAGCGCCCUCUGCAGUCUGAUGGAGCGACGGCGGCAGAAGGAGUCGUGUGUGUGUGUGUUAAGUGUGAAGCGCAGUAACAUCAUCACUAUAGCCCUGAGCGGACUCCCGCCGGCACACCUGCUCCCUCCUGCCAUAUUCAGCAUGGACAACACUGUCCUAGACAGAGAAGACAUCCAGAGGUUGCAGAUGCUGGUUCCCACUGAAGAGGAGCUGCAUGUGAUCGCGGAGGCUCGGGCUCGGGCCCCGGGCUCGACUCUGGGCCCCGCAGAGCAGUGUCUCCUGACCCUGGGGGCCGUUCCUCAUCUGAGCGCCAGACUGCAGAUCUGGGCCUUCUCUCUGGACCACGACAACAUGGAGAGAGAGAUCGCAGAGCCACUCUUCCAUCUGAAGCUAGCCAUGGAGCAGCUAGCGGCUAAUCAGACGUUUCGCUGUAUACUUGCGACUGUUCUGGCCAUCGGCAACUUUCUGAACGGCUGUAAGGCGAGGGGUUUUGAGUUGAGUUACCUGGGCAAACUCUCUCAGGUGAGAGACACACACGGCCGGCAGCCUCUUCUUCAUCACGUGUGUGUGUUAUUGCUCCAGCUUUACCCACAAUCCUCUGAUCUCUACUCCGACAUCACUGCCGUCACAAAAGCCAGCAAGUGUGACUACACACAAGUGCAACUGAGUCUCUCCCAGCUUGAAUCCCUUUGUAAAGCAUCCUGGGAUCAACUAAGACUUCUUGAGAAGGAUGGAAAGAAAAAGACGGGAGGAGGAAGAAAAGAGGAAGGUGGAGAAGAGGCAGGUCUCCAUCAUCGGCUCCGCCAGUUUCUGAAAGACUGUGAGGAGAGGUUGAAGGUGCUACGAGCAGUUCACCGCAGAGUCAUCAACAGAUUCCACUCGUUCCUGCUCUUCCUUGGUUACUCGCGCUCCACGGUAAGGGAAAUGAGCGCUGAGGCGUUUUGUAAGACCGUCAGUGACUUUGCUCUGGAGUACAGAGCCACUCGCAGUGCCAUCCUUCAACAGAGGGAGAAAGAGAAGGAGAAGGACAGUCAAAGCACACCUAAACUCAAAUCCAGACUCCAACGAAGCCCAUCUGACAAGAAUGAGGAACAGGUGAAACUUGAGGAGGUUUUGAAGACUCCUGAAUCAUUGUCUUUCUGCUUCGACUUCACUCUUCCACGACAGCGCAGCAAGACAAGCGACAAAAGAGGUUGUCACUCCCGAAGGCUGAAGUGGUGAACUCCAAUCCUCGUCCCUUUGAAAGUGUUGCCCAUUAGCUUGUCAACUAAUUAUGUUUUUGAGUAUGGAAACAAAACUUGAAAUAGCUAAAAUCUCUUUUCUGUGAUUUCUUUUGCAUUGCUACUAGGCUACUUUGUUUAUAUGUUUUAGUACAAUGACGGUAGAGUGGUAUAACCUACAAUGAACUGUCUUGAAGCAUAUUAUUCUUGCCUUAAUUUCAAAUAAAUUGAGUAGCCUUUUCAUAAUA